CCAGUCGGACUCAGUGUCUCGCGGAGCUCGCUGGGGCGCGGACGGGCGAGUGUGCAGUGGCGCAUGAUGAUGUGAAUUCGCAGACAUGUGUACCACCGUUUACUCCUCCCUGCUCCUUGCUUUCUUCACUGUCACCCUCACCAUCUCCAUAAUGUGUGGAACGAAAAUGGCUACCGAAGGCCUGCCGUUGGUACGACAGGAGCGCGGUGCCGAUCCAGAUAUUUUAGCCGGAGCGGAUUUCCUCUCAGUGUUUAUGGGAUCAACCCUCCGCAAAGCCUUCGGGGAAACCACGACGUCAACUGAGGCAGUCGUCCUGUCGACCAUUCCGGACCUGGAGCAAACCGAUUUGAAUCCAUACGUCCGGACAUCAAGAAGUACGCCUAAGGACUCGCAAGCAGCCGACGAUACGAAAUCACUCGAAACGACAGUUAGUGCUAAAGAACUUGAAAAUUCCAGUGACUCUAGUUUAGACGGCGGUGUUAUAAUAUCUGUUAGUGUUUCAUCGUCAGUAGGUAGAACAUUAAUAAAUAAACACGUUUCUUCGAACACGAACUUACAAGUCUUAGACGAUGCAACUAGUAGUGAAUCGUCAACGAAAGUCGAUUCCACCGAAAUUCCGGAUCAAGAAUUAGUGGCAUCCGAAGAACAUCCGAGCAUUGUGGCAGAAGCAAACAAAAGUGAAUUCAACGUUGAAGAAAAGGAUCCGAUCACUAGAAACACCGAUUUGGAAACAUCGGAGUUUACCCGUAGUUAUCCGGCUAGUGUACAUGUCUUACCAAGACCCGACAAUCUACCUUUCAAUCCAAGACCAGAAUUUGGUACCCAAGAUUCUAAAGCACCUUUCCACCACACGGUAAUUUACCACGAUACUCCCGGGGACUCUGGCAGUGCCAGGUCCGUGUCAUACAGUACGGUCAUCCAGUCAAUUCCUCAAGCGAACAUAGACAAGAAAACAAAGCCGAAUGACAGGCACGAAAGACAUUACAAUGGUGAAUCUUUCGUCAACAAAUUUGACAGUUCUGGCGAAAAGACGAACAACAGUAAAACAUCACCGACUCAAAAUACUGCAAGUUCUGAGCUAUACUCCACCAGCCGACCUCUUCGCAACGCUGAUAACGCUGGACCAAAGAACUGGGAGAAACCGGAAAUAAACUAUGAAGAACAUUCCACGAAAAAAAGCAUUACAACAGAGCGCAAUUGGGAAAUGAAUGAGAAGAUUUACUCACCGAACAAUAAUAGACCACUACCGAGGAUUUAUGGUCAACCAGAACAAAACUAUGAGGUAGACGAAGCCGUCAGUGUUAUAUCCAAUGGGAGGACUCAUGGUGUACAGUCAAAUCAACCGCCGGUGUUAUUGAAGGAAGACAAAACUGUGGACAAAAACCAAAAAGUUGGAUACGUAGUUGAGGGCAGAAACUUUAGGAAAUACAGACUGGAGGAACGUACUUCGGACGGGUUCAUCGUCGGUGAAUAUGGUGUUGUAAACCAUGACGAUGGAUCUCUGCGAGGAGUCAGAUACACAGCUGAUGGAACCAUCAGUCCUAGAUUAAUAUACGACGCUCUAAUGAAAUUUUUAUCAUUGUGAUUUUAAUGGUGCUUACUUGCCAUCGUACUGAUUUUCUUCUAGUUCCUCUCAUAAGGACUCAGUCUUAUUUAAUAGAGUAGUUAAACUAGACUCGAGUGAAGUGAACACUGCGCGAACUUCAAACGGAUAUUUUUAAAUUAAUUGUGCUAAUUUUAAUUUAGUUCAUACUAGCUUCCAAUGAUGUCUAUUUGCUCAUAUUAUUUAAUUAAUGUUAGUAGUAGAUUAUUUGUAUCUAAUGCUGUAGUUAUAAGUAAUAAAUAUCGAUGAAUCCAAA